AUGUCAGACAACACUGGCACCUCCCCUCCCCGGCGCCACUGGAAUGGCGAGCCCGGCGCGCGCCAUGAACACCAGAACGUGUGGAUGAACGGCGGCGUCCGGUCUCCCGCGGGACCAGCUCCAUGGGCUGGCUGGGACGCGGACAAGAAGCGUCGCGCCUCCGAGGCAUCUACCAAGUCAACUGGGAGCUCCUCGUCCGCAGGAAGGAAGAAUAGUUCGCCGUUGUUUGAGAAGCUGCAUACGCAAAAACGAACCAGUGACGCUGAAUCCGUUGAGCGCAGAAAGAGCUGGGCUGAGAUGGCGCCGGAGAAGGGCUUUUUUGGAAAGUUGUGGCAAGGGUAUACUCGGGGGCCGAAUCAGUGA